UUGGCGGUCUGUGUUUUUGUGGUGUUAUUUUUUGACCUUGACAAGAAGAUGGUGUAUCUUUAAAGCUAUCAAGACAAGAAUCAUCGGGCGUAAAUCGCCAGACCGAAACGGCGCAUUUUUAAUGCGGUUAACGUGCUGAGUGUGGAAGAGUCACAGUGAUUUAAGUGAUGACCAAUGGUCUAAGUCAGCAUGAGAAAUAGUGACUCAAAAUAGUGAAAAGCAGUCUUGUGUAAUGACGAAAUUUGAAAUAUCUCAAAUUCUGGCGACUACCCAGCAAUAGAAUUAUAGUGGCUUAUUAAAAGCUUGCAGCUUGUCAUCCGGAGUAUCGAAUAGAAAAUGAAUUUCGUUCCGCUGUUGAUUCGAAUAUUCAGCGGCUCACUCUACGUAAUGCACAGCAACACGAACUGAAUUACAGAAUGCAGUUUUUUCACCCAAAACUAGUACUUUAUCUACUGGUAGUUGCAGCAGGAUUGACUCGUGGUCAAAUUCAAGAUGUUACCGUCGUGCUCGGGCAGGGCACUUUAGUUGGGCUUAAAGUGUUCCCGGAAACAUCACGCAUACCGAUCUAUACGUACCUUGGAAUCCCUUAUGCGAAACCUCCAACAAGCGAACUUCGUUUCGCCCCUCCCGUACCGAGUCCGGGAUGGAAUCGAACGUUAUAUGCGCGCGAUUUCAAGCCCAUCUGUCCACAGCUAGAGAAUAACAGCUACGAGGAUCUUGGCAAUGGGAACCAAUAUCGAUCGCGUGAGACCAGUGAAGACUGUCUGUAUCUUAACAUUUGGAUACCGGAAACGGCCAUGCGGUACGGAGGGUUCCCUGUGUUAGUGAUGAUCACCGGCGAAGAGAUGGCAUUCGAUUGGAAUGCUAACCGAGCGAGUGGUCUCGAUCUAGCAGCCGAUGGCAUCAUCGUAGUGACGGUUCAGUAUCGAAGCAACGUGUUUGGAUGGCUGUCGUUGGCUAAAAAGUAUGCCCCAGGGAAUCUCGGCCUGUUGGAUCAGCAUCUGGCGCUGGUCUGGAUCAAGGAUAACAUACAGAAGUUUGGUGGGGACACAAAUCGGGUCACGUUGCUUGGCCACGGUAGUACCGGUGCGCCGAAUGUGAUGACCCACAUGGUGAGUCCCAGGGCACGAGGGCUUUUCGCGCGUGCCAUCAUCAUGUCCGGUACGAUCUACUCUCCGUACUCGGCGGUGAACGUGGAUAACCGGCUUUCGCAGGAGAUUGUUAAGAUUCUGGCCUGCAACUACGACGUUGGCCGUAACAUACACAAGUGUUUGCAGCAGAAAAGCGUCUACGAUCUACUGCGAGCCUACGAGUAUAUUUAUCGCAACGGGAACUACACCAUGAAUCUUGGACCGAUUCUGGAUCACUACUUACCGAUUGGCGAUCGCUACGUACUGGAUGAUCCUCGAACGCUACACGAAGCGAAGGCACUUGUGAACGAGGACAUGCCGAUCAUGUUUGGCAUUACCAGCAACGAGGCAGCUUUCCUGUCCAGCCAGUGGAUCGAACUGGCUCGUCAGGGGUACGCUUCUCUGAGGAAGUAUAUUAACGAAACGCUGCUUCCAAAUAUUAUCGAACAGUAUCACUUUGAAGGUGUUGGACAAGAACAGAUAAGAGAAACCAUCAAUUGGCGUUUCUUCGAUCAAAUCCCAGAGACAACUGCCCAUCAUCUACGGGCACUAGUGAAGCUCGUGUCGGAAACACGCCACGAAAUACCGUUCUACCGUACGGUGCAAAUGUUCAGUACUCCAAAGCCACCGCCAAAGUUGAUCGCGAUCGGUACGGUCGAGGCAGAGUAUGUCACCGCCGAACAGCAGACUCGAUCGUCCCAAGCUACUGGCCCUGUGUAUGCGUACCUGUUCCACCAUCCCAACUCGAUGGACAUGCGAGGACGUAUCAACUAUUUCGGUGGAGCAUCGCAUUCGUCCGAUUUGCCUUUCCUGAUGGGCCCUAGCUUGUACCGUGAGAUUGGACGGAAACGGUUAACGCAGCUGGAAGAUAAGCUAUGCAAGAAAAUCCGAUCAUUGUUCGCCGAGUUCAUUAAAGGCGGAAACCCUACUCCUGGCCGUCAGUUUGAUUCGUGGACGCCGUAUACAGAGAAGCUAAAGUACAUCAAAAUAAUUUCGGCAAAGCCCGAAACAGUCCACAGAAACGAUCACUCGUCGCUGGAAAACACAUUCGAGGAUAAUUUGCAAGAAAUAGAAGAGAAGUUGCUCAGCGCCGAUGGCACUGGUGGCGUUCCGGCUGGAAACGUGGUUACUGUCGCACCACCCCAGAACCCCUACGAUCUUAACUCGAACGUUCAGGCCGACCAAGAGAGUUCGCGGACAUCGAAAAGCGCAGUAUAUCUUAGUAACGCGCGCGAUUCCGAGUACUUUUACUAUUUGCGUAAAAUCAAUAGCUUUUGGGACGAGUUCCUGCCCAAGCUGAGCCACAUCGUAAACGAAACGAAUCAGGAGAAGUUGCGCAACCGACGGAUCGAUCUUACGCUUGAGGAGGAGCAGGAUUUGUUCCGCGAAACGGCCGCGGCGUCCAAGUACAAGCAUGCGUUCUUUUCGAUGCUGACCCUGGUGUGCAUGUUGCUGGCAGUGCUGUGCAUGUGCGUAUACAUACUGAAAAAGAACACCAACAAAAGCCUGUCGAGCAUCUUAUGACAUAAGUUUUUCUUCCGAUCGAGCCUCUUUGAUCGGAAGAAUCGCCGCAAAAAGCCGGACGUAAGCAGCAUGGGAGAUGAGGAUGAGUUUCAGGUUACGGGCAUCAGCCAUCGGAUCAGGACCCAGGAGCGUGUCAUUCGUACUA